AUGGAAUGUGAUAAGGGAUGGAUGAGUUGUAGCCGUAGAUCUUCUCAAUACAUACGAGGUGUAGGGUUAUUCAUAGAGUUUGUGCAUAAAUAUGGUGGCGAUAGUUUAUUAUUCUUAUGCUCUUGUAGACGUUGCAAGAAUAGUAAAGGAUUAGAGCCGCUUAGUGAAAUUUCAUUUCAUUUACUAAGACAUGGUAUUGAUUUGACAUAUACGGUGUGGCGUUUUCAUGGGGAAAUCUCAGUAGCAGCUGAGAGGGUUGGAGGAGUAGAUGUAGGAGGAGAUGUUUCUGCUAAUUUAGGAGGAGAUGUAGCUAACAAUGUAGGAGGAGAUGUAGCAUCUGAUCAUAUAGUCCAACAUGAUGUAGAAGGUGUAGAUGAGAAUGGUGGAUUACAUGAUACUAUUCAUUAUCCUGCUGAAACUAUCCGCAGUAGGAAGCGUAAAUAUGCAUAUGACCGUGCUAGGGCACCAUUGUACAAUUCAUGUCCAUCAGGAAAGACAACACUGAGUGCUGCUAUAAAAUUGAAUGACAUUAAGACCCAGUAUGGGUUUUCAGACAACGAUGUAACUGCACUUUUAGAAAUGAUGAAGGAGUUGAUUCCCGAAGAAAAUAGAUUCCCAGCUAAGUACCCUGAACUGAAAAAGAUGAUCCAAGAAUUAGGAAUGGAUUAUAUAACUUACGAUGCAUGCAUAAAUGACUGCAUUUUGUAUUGGAAGGAUAGAAGUGAAAUGGUUAGGUGUCCUUUUUGUAAUGAACCUAGGUAUAAGAAAGUUUUCAAUGAGGAGAGAAAACUUACUAAAGUUGCUCAAAAACUUUAA